AUGUCUUGGAUUAUAUCUCAGGUCAGACAGAACGGUUGUCAUGCGUUUGAAAAUGCUAUUUUUGAAAUAAUAUCCCACAUAAUUAUUCCAUACAAUACAAGUGCAGAUAAUGUAACGCCCAGUGCAAAUUUGAUGCAAAAGGUUAUCCCAGAUACCCCUGAGCUCAUUUACAACAAGAUAUUUCUAGCUUGUUCACAUGACGUGUACAGUAUAUUGGCACUGCUGUAUAAGAAGAAUGCCUGGCCUCCGCUAGGUGUAGCGGAUAUUCGUGAAUUUGGCUACGAUACUGUGCCAAACGGAGUUGAAUUGAUUAUAUACUUGACAAGACCAACCUUUGAAUCAACCGACGAAAUCAAAUCACAGAUCUACAAUGAUUUUUCUAUCAAAGAUGAUGAACAAGAAUCUGGAAACGAUAAAAACUCACUCAUAAAAUCAGCAACAAAAACUAUAAGUAGUGCAUUUGAUUACAGUUUGAAUGCUAACGAGGCUAAGAAACGUGUUUACGGGUGUGCAAUCAUAGCUAUACCUGAUAUCUCACCUAGUUUUAAAGAUUUACUUCUUUUGAAUAUGGGCCAACACUUUCAAUUCCAAUACAUCAAACAUGUUAAAUCAACUAACCUGCUAAAGCAUGACUUAAAUGAUAAAAGUUCUUAUAAACAUGAAAUAAUAGUUAGCAGUUGUGAGUUGUAUUGGUGUGCCAUAGGGGAUGAUAUUAUUAGUAUGGAGAUGGAAGAUGCCUUUUCUGAUUUCUACCUGUUUAAUGACUCUAUUUUGCCAAAGAUCGCGUGUGAUUCCAUCAUGAAGCUACAAGAAUCAAUUCUUAAAGGAUCGAUUGGAAAGAUUAGGGCAAUAGGCGAAGCUGGUAAGAUUAUAACGGAUUUGCUUGUUUCGUCCCGAAGGAGGAAGACUGAGUGUAUUAGAACCAGGUCGGUCAAGUCAGAUAAAUUGGAACACAUAUGUGCAGUGCCAAUUCGGCACUUCACCUCACUUGAUCAUUCACAAUCAUCGGAAUUAAAUGUUCACUCGCCUAAUCUGUAUAAUAUAUCGCAAAAGGUCAAUCAUUUAGUGAUUUUUGAUCGUAGGAUUGACUACUAUUCACUAUUAUGCACUUCCUCUAGUUAUUUAGGACUACUCGAUUCAUUUUGGAGUAUUGAAUAUGAAUCUGUUACAGUGCCUCAAGAUGUGGUAAAGGGGGUAUCUAAAAAAAACUACCUGCCAGAGUGGCUAGAAGGUUAUCAAUCUUUGCUGAACCCAGGCGAAAUUGAUACUACAACAGUUUCAUUGUCAUCGCAAAAUGGCAUAUUUAAGGAGAUAAGGGAUCUAGCCUAUGAUGACAUAGGAAAUCAUUUACAUAAAAAGGCUAAUGAAAUACAAAAGAUGUAUCAGGAAAAGGAGGAUAUGAAGACUAUUAGUGAGAUGGCCAAAUUUAUGAACAAAUUCAAACAGUUACAACGUGAACAUUCAUCACUGGCAACUCACAUUAAUAUCGCAUCACACUUGUGCAAAAUGAUAAAUAACACAAUUAACCAAAAAAUACUCAAAAUUGAAUACGAUAUAACACGGGCCAAGUUUGACAAACACAAUGCAGGUUUAUUGCGGGUCAUAUCUAAUAAGCAGACAGUGCAUGAACUACUGGAACAAAUUGAAGAUAUGGUAAAUUAUCGCGUAAAUAUAAUUGAUAUCUACCGAUUACUGUGCCUACUAACACUUGUAUAUCCUAUGUUCAGUGGAAAGGAGUUGUACAGCGUCAAACGAGCCAUUAUACAACAGUACGGUUUUGGCGAGUAUUACCGCUUGAGCAAUUUAACAACCGUGGGUUUAUUGAAGUCUAGUGACACUAGCAAUGAUAAUAUCUGUACUAAUGACAGUAUUUUUAGAAGUAGAAUCGGAUUAACUCCCUUCAAUAGCGAUAGGGAUGAGCAUCAAUGGGAGAAAUUACGCAACAAGUUGAAUUUGAUUAUUGAUAAUGAAAAUGCAAGAAAAGACUUCAUUUAUUCCUUCAGUGGUUAUGUCCCUUUGACAGUGAGAUUGCUGCAAUUUCUUCACACCUCCCCGCAGGGCUGGCAAGACAUAAAGGAGACUUUGUUCUAUAUCGAUGGACCAGUAGUACAAAUUGAUCUGGAUGAUUCUCAGCGCCAAAAUUUCGAUAGUAAAAAGCAUCCCAUUGGUAAAUUAGAGCAACUAAAAGAUACAGUAAAGCAAAUAAGGGGUUCAUUUGAGAAGGCAUCGGAAAAUGUCAUUAUGGAAAAAGAAUCAAGGCUAAAUUUAGUGUUCUACUAUGGAGGCAUAACUUACAGUGAGAUAUCUGCCAUAAGGAAGCUAAACGAGAUGAGAAACCAAAAGGAAAAGUACCUCAUCGUCACUACAAGCAUAAUCAAUGCUAAAAAAAUAUAUAAUCAGCUCAGAAAGGUGACAAUAUAG